GGGCCUCUUUUUCCUGAGCACUCUGCAGCCUGAUGAUAACACCACACAUACCACAGUACUCUUUGCUGGGUCGCACUGCUUCUCUGCAGAGGGAUUUCUGAUACUUCAACCAUGAUUUUUCAAGCUUUCUUCGAUUGUAUGAAUUUUACUAGUUGGUUUUUGCUCAGUUUUGUAUUGUUAAUUUUAAAUGAUGUAAUACGAAACCGGAGGCCUCGCAACUUUCCACCAGGACCCUGGGCUCUGCCUCUGCUAGGAAAUGUCUUCACUGGAGUAGACUACAAAACAAUGCAUGAGCUGGCUCAGAAGUACGGCCCCGUGUUCAGUUUGAGGAGGGGCAGUGAGAGGAUGGUGUUUGUUGCAGGAUAUAAAAUGGUCAAAGAGGCUCUUGUCAGCCAGCUGGACAGCUUUGUUGAUCGACCAAUCAUCCCUCUUUUCCAUGUUGUAUUAAAGGGCUUAGGGAUAUCUAUGAGCAACGGUUAUCUUUGGAAGAAGCAGAGGAAGUUUGCCAACACUCACCUGCGUUACUUUGGAGAAGGCCAAAAGUCACUGGAGAAGUACAUUGAAGUGGAGUGCAACUUCCUUUGUGAAGCUUUCAAGGAGGAGCAAGGUAGACCAUUCAACCCCCACUACAUCAUGACAAAUGCAGUGGGUAACAUCAUCUCCUCUGUGGUCUUCGGACAUCGCUUUGAAUACACUGAUCCGAGCUUUCGCAAAAUUCUGGAGCUGGACAAUGAUGCCCUUCUGCUUGCUGGUUCAGCUCAGGCACAGCUGUAUGAUGCCUUUCCUGGCUUGAUGAAGUAUCUGCCAGGACCUCACCAGACUGUCCAUGCCAACUACAGGGAGAUCAUGACUUUCUUAAACAGAGAAAUUGAAAAGCACCAGGAAGAGUGGAACCCAGAUGACCCUCGUGAUUUCAUUGAUGCAUAUCUGUCAGAGAUGGAGAAGAAAAAAGAGGAUCCUCGUGCUGGCUUUAAUACUGAAACACUUCUGGCUUGUACCCUUGAUCUGAUUGAGGCUGGGACAGAGACAUCUUCCACCACUCUACGCUGGGCUCUAGUAUUUAUGAUCAACUACCCAGAAAUACAGGAGAAAGUGCAGGCAGAGAUAGACAGAGUAGUCGGACAGUCUCGCCUGCCCACCUUGACGGAUAGGCCCAAACUGCCCUACACUGAUGCUGUUAUCCACGAGACCCAGAGGGUUGGAAAUAUUGUUCCACUGGGAUUACCAAAAAUGGCCAGUAAAGAUUCUACACUGGGAGGAUACUUCAUUCCUAAGGGCAUGGCUGUUACUACAAUACUUUCAUCUGUGCUGUUUGAUAAGAAUGAGUGGGAGACUCCAGAUGUCUUCAAUCCUGAACAUUUCUUGGACUCAGAGGGCAAAUUUCAAAAAAGAGAUGCCUUCUUGCCAUUUUUAGCAGGUAAACGUGUGUGUAUCGGUGAGCCCCUGGCCAGAAUGGAGCUCUUCCUUUUCUUUGCAUCUCUGCUCCAACGCUUCACCUUCAGACCUGUUCCUGGAAAAAUGCCGAGCUUGGAGGGUGUGUUGGGUUUCAACAAUUCCCCUGAGGAGUUCAGGAUGCAGGCAGUGCCUCGCUGAUGUCAUGUCGGGCAAACACAAAGAUGAAUAAACUGAAACUCCACAGGCUUCAUGGAACCACCAAAGAUUUAAUGAACAUUUCACAUAUUGAGACACUAUAUGCAUGUUACAAUCCUAAUUGUUGCCAUACUUUUAUUUCUUGUUUUAUUGUGAAGCACUUUGAUUUUUAUCUGUGAAAAGUGCUAUAUAAAACAAUAAAACUUUCUUGCUUACCUGCUGAAA